CCUUCCCUGCUCAAUCUUCUUCCUAUCAACAUCAAUUCCCAAAUUUUGAGCCAUAGGAGCCAUGGGAGAGCCAAGAGCUUGCAAGCUAUGGCUUCUUGUGGUGGCAAUGGCGGCUUCUUGGUCGUGCAGUUCCAUGGCGAUGACGUUCACUAUAGCGAACUAUUGUUCGCACCCGAUAUGGCCGGGGACGCUCGCCGGCGCCGGCACGCCACAGCUGUCGACGACGGGGUUCCGGCUUGACCCGGGGCAGACGGCGCAGCUGGCGGCGCCGGCGGGGUGGUCGGGGAGGAUAUGGGCGCGGACGGGGUGCGUGUUCGACGCCGACGGCGCCGGCGUGUGCCAGACGGGCGACUGCGGCGGGCGCGUGGAGUGCCGCGGCGCCGGCGCCGCGCCGCCGGCGACGCUGUUCGAGGUCACCCUCGGGAGGGGCGGCGGCGAGGACUUCUACGACGUGAGCCUCGUCGACGGCUACAACCUCCCCGUCGUCGCCAUCCCUCGCGCCGCCGCCGCCUGCAACGCCACCGGCUGCAUGGCCGACCUCAACCGCUCGUGUCCGAGGGAGUUGCAGGUGGAGUGCGGCGGCGGCGGGGCGAUCGCGUGCAGGAGCGCGUGUGAGGCGUUCGGGCAGGACAGGUACUGCUGCGCCGGGGAGUACGGGACGCCGGCGGCGUGCCGGCCGACGGCGUACUCGGCCAUCUUCAAGACGGCGUGCCCGCGCGCCUACAGCUACGCGUACGACGACUCCACCUCCACCUUCACCUGCAAGGCCGCCUACGACUACACCAUCGCCUUCUGCCUCCCUACCUCCGGGAUCAAUAAGUCGGACGCCGUGUUCCUCGGAGCACAGAUCAUCGACGGCGAUGGCGGAAAUGCGCCGCCGGCUUACCGCGGCGGCGGCGGCGGCGGCGGCGGCAGUAGACCGCCGAUAUACUACAACGGCGGUGGAGGAGCACAUGAGCCUGAGACGAUGACGGCGUCGUCGGCGAGCACACGAUGCACCCAGCCAUGGCUUCUGCUACUGCUACUGCUACUACUACUGCUCGUCUUCCUUUUCUGAUCUGACAGUGAAGCAUGAAGAAUUGGGAAAUUUGAGCACACCAUUAAUGGAAGUCAUCUCCUAGUAGUAAUUAACUGCACCAAAGAAGAGAUUACGAGUUCACGAUCAAGAAGGCUUGUCAGAGAUCAGUUGAUCGAGAAGUUCAGAGAUUAGUCCUAUUCUUCGUGUAUAUUAGCAGUGAUUAAAUUCAUUAAUUUUCUAUUCUUUGUACUCAAGUUCAGAAGAUCUAAAUAUAUUGCUAGAUAGUAGAAACAUUA